AUGGAAAUUCAGUAUAUAGUACGUGAAUUGUCAGAAACCACAUCUGAACAUACAGAGGGUUCUGGGAUUACGGCUGGGCAUGAUCAUUCACUUGGAAAUCAUAUCAUGCUAUAUGUUCUGGUUGGCCUCUUGCUAGGUCAGAUAAUCAAACAUUUUGCAAACAAGACAAAGCUACCAUACACCCCAUUACUUGCGAUCGUCGGACUUGUUAUAGGGUUUGCAUACAAAGAAUUAGGAAACUGGGGGAAAGGAGCUGACUUGAUCUCGGCUAUUGACCCACACACAUUCUUCUUGAUCUUCCUUCCUCCAUUGAUCUUUGAAUCAGCCUUUUCGAUCGAUUGGCACAUUAUCAAGACUGAGAUUUCUAAAGUUUUGAUCUUAGCUGGGCCAUGCUUGGUAGUCAAUGCUUUCUUGACUGCAUUGGCCAUGAGGUAUAUCCUACAAUACGAUGGAGAGUUUACUUGGGAAGGAGCCAUCAUGUUUGGAGCUCUCAUCUCAGCAACAGAUCCGGUUGCAGUAGUUUCUUUGCUCAAAGAGCUAGGAGCUUCCAGAACUCUUUCCACAAUGAUUGAAGGUGAAAGCUUGGUGAAUGACGGGACAGCCUACGUUAUGUUCUCAGUAACGCUUGAAUUAGUGAAAGGAAAAGAAUUUGAAGUAGGAGGAGUUGUCCUCAAUUUUGCCAGAUUGUCGUUCGGAGGACCCCUACUCGGAAUUGUAUUCGGAAUCAUCAUUUCAUUAUGGUUGAAGAGAAUAGUUAACAACUCUAUCCUUGAAACAAACCUGACUAUCGUUGGAGCUUAUAUGGUCUUCUACGUUGCCGAGAGCUGGGAACUGGAAGUAUCAGGAAUUUUAGCACUUGUAGGACUUGGACUAUACAUGACAAAGAUCGGGAAAACGAGGAUCAGCCACCAAUCCGAAGAGACACUUCAUCAUAUUUGGGGUUACUUAGGAUUUGCAUGUGAAACAUUAGUUUUCAUGAUAGCUGGAACAAUUAUUGCUCUAAAGGUAUUUGAAAGAAACUCAAGAAUAGAAUGGGAAGAUUGGUUAAAGCUUCCUGCUUUGUACAUCAUUCUUCAUAUCAUUCGUAUGGGAAUGAUCUACUCCUUGAAAUGGCCAAUGAGCAAGCUUGGUUAUGGCCUCACGUGGGCUCAAGCCACAGUUCUUGGGUUUUCAGGCCUCAGAGGAGCAGUAUCAUUGGUUCUCUCAUUGAUAGUAUUCCUUGAUUCAGAAGUGAAUGAAUACAUUAAGGACGUGGUUAUUUUCCAUACUGCAGGAAUCGCAAUCAUGACUUUGGUUAUUAAUGGAAGUACUAUGGGAAUUCUGAUAAGAAAGCUAGGAUUGAUGAGAAUGAGCGAAGCCAAAAAGAAGAUGCUCAAAAAUAUGCUGAAAGCAUACAAGAAAGAAGUUGGCAUCACUCUUGAAGAGAUACAAGGUAAAAAGAACUUUGAUCGGAUUGACGUGGACGUUCUCAAAGAUAUGGCAAAGUCUAAUAAGAUUCAAAAGAGAAUAUUUACUCAACGAAACAUUGUUAAUGAAGAAGCAGAUAUGUUAGCUUCGUCUCAGAUUGCCAACAAUGACAUAAUUAUAGAUGAACAGGGAGAUUAUACGUUAGAUGAACUCUACCAAGAAGCUAAACAUCGAUACCUCACAACUUUGAAAGGUAUAUAUUGGGACUUCUUUGAAGAUGGUCAAUGUUCAUCAAGAACAUGCUUAGUUCUGAUAGAGAGUGCAGACAGAGGUCUUGAUCAUAGUGAAGAAGAGCUAAGGGACUUCCAUUUCAUCAAGACCUACUUCAACAGCAGUUGGUGGAUUCAGGCAUUACUAAAGCUCAAAAAUAUGUGACUUAUAAGACAUCUUGUGAAAAACCUUCUAUAUAGUAACAUGUCAUUUAUUUAUGAUGUCACAGUUAACUAUAUUGAGGCACAUGAGGAAUGCAUGGAACUUAUCACUAAAAUUGUUGAGAAUGAGGAGAUCCUAGAGAAACUCAAUGCUGAAGUAAGGAAGGAGCUCAGAUACGCAGAAGAUUUGCUAAAUGACGAUCUCGAGGAAAACUUCCCAGAGGUUAUAAAAGCUGUUCAAAACAAACGUGGUGGAUUUUAUCUAAUCAAUAAAAUGAAAGGGUUUGUCAAUGAAAUGAUUGAAAAUGGACAGAUUGACUUUAAAGAAGCCAAGUAUUUCUUGCAUGAGCUAAACAAGACCAAUAGAAAUCUUGAAUUGAACAAACUCAAAAUUGAUUUUGAAGAUGUGAACGUGGAUUUCAUUGACAAUUGAGAGAUAGCAAAAAUUUUUCCAAGAGAACAUCGAGAGAGAUUAUCUGAAAAUUUGAAGGAGAAAACUUACAACAAGGGUGAAGUUAUUAUCCGUAAGGAUGAAAUGAUGAAGAACCUCUACUAUCUCUCAAGAGGAAUAGUAUAUGAAAAAAACGGUGCUGUGGAUGACCCUGAUGCCCCAAAGAUCAAGAGCAAGCCAGGCGAUAUACUUGGACUGCAAUUCAUUGCAAAAGAUGAAGGAAGAUCGUUCACAAAUUGUUAUGCAAGAACUGUGUGCACUGUUAGCAGCCUUCCUAUAUCUGCAUUUAGAGGUCUGAUCACUGAUAGGGAUCAAGAGAAAAAGAUAUGGAACUAUAUAGGACCUUCAAUUAUUCAGAUGAACCCAGACAAGUUUGAAAGACUACAGGAGUUAGACUUCUUACAGCUAAAACUUUUGCUGAAAAAUUCUCAAUAUCAAUGAUAUGAACCUGGUGAAAUUGUCAAAUUUCCUAAUGGAGGAAUCCUAUUUGAAGGAAGCAUUGAGCAAAUCACUGAAGAUAACAAGCUCGAAAAUGAAAGAAAUUAUCUUAGUGGAAGCGAAGAAGAACUUGGAGCACAUCAUAAGAUAAAAAUCAAAAAUUACAAAUUCAUUUAUCCGAUAGACACUCAAUAUGUGGCUAAAGAUGAUGUUAGAUGAUACAACUUUCCAGUUGAAUUCAAAAAUUCUUGGUUAUCUUUCAAUACCCAAGUGUUGAUGGAUGCAUUUAGUAUCCUUCCAGGCGCACAGAACUCUCGAAGUAUGUAUGCGACAGUGAGACAACAAGCAAUGCAAAAGAAAGAGAGAACAUUAUUGUUAGGAAUACCUAAAGAACUGGCCCAUAAAGAUCCUGUAAGCACAUUCAGGAAAAAGAGCGUAAGGCCUGGCAUACAUAGUAUAAACAAAGGUGGUUACAUUAGGAAUAUUAACCUACCUCAUGGUCUAGCUUCUGAGCAUGGAUCCUACACUAUUUUGCCAAAAGGAUACACAAAGCCCUUGCCACCGAUUAUAGACAAGCCGAAGGAUGAAAACACUCCCGAAAUUGAAGAUGAGAAAAGUUCUUCUGAUGAAAAAUCAAAGAAACCUUCGAUCGGAAUCUCGGCAGAUCAGAUUAAACUAUCGGAAGGAAGGGAGAAAAAAGAUUCAGAGAGUCCCACUCCUUCAUCUGAGGAGGAAAGCUCUGUAGAGGAGUAUGCUUCAAGCUCAGAUAUCUCUCAGAUAAUAGAGAAGAGCUCUUCCGAAGAUUCCUAAACCUUGAUGAACAUUUCCACGUCAUAAGAUACAAAUAUUGAAUUG